AUGGCCGUGGAUCCUCCCGCCACGUGUCCGCAUCUCCUUGCUUUCAAGCGCCGCGCGCCGUCCGCCGCCAGCCCGUAUCGCCUCGUGCAGCAGUGCGUGCGACCCGGGCCUAAUCGCCGCCCCGUCUUCUCCGUGACUCGCGGGACCGUUCCGUGUUGCUCCAUCUGCCGCCGCACCGACGCGCGUCUUUACGUGUGCCUCACCUGCGGCGCCGUCCUCUGCCGGCCAGCCGCCGCCGCCACUGCCGAAGCGCCGCGCGGAGGCAGCGGUGCCGGCCGGCAGAACGAUGUCGACGCCACCGCCGCGACUCGCACGCGAUCCGCGCCAGGCGCUGCGGGAGCUCCGGCCGUAAGCCUCGCGUCGACGGCCGGACAGGAUUGCGAUGUAGGCGGAGGGCUCGCGGUCGGGUUACGCGGCGCGCACUCCAGCGCUCGCGCCAGCUUGGGGGAGAUUAAGGACGAUCAGGAGAGCGGAAUCGCGGACGGGUGCAACGAGACGGCCAGAUCUAGCGAGAGCAGCGGCGGCGGCGGCGGCGAAGGCGGCGGGAGCAGCGGGGGGGACGAUGAUGCAGGCGGACACGUGCUGAAGCACGCGCGAGAAGCCCCGCCGACGGCCGACGGGCGGAGAUCCAUUGGCGCGCGCGGAGGCAGCGGCGGUUGGGGCGGCGCGGGCGCGCGCGCGUCGUCGUCCCCCGGCAGGCCAGGGGGAAGCGGAAACAUCGGCGGGGGUUCAAGACGCGGGGGGUCUGGCGCAGGGGUGGGAAGCGGAGGGGGAAGCACGGGGGCGGGAGCGGAGUGGGGGGGAGCGAGUCACUGUGUGUUUGUGGAGCUGGAACGAGUGGUGCUAUACUGUGCUGCAUGCGGGGAGUAUGUGGUCGAUGGUGAGUUCAACACGUGUGUGAUUAAUGCGGUGGGGGGUAUGGGUGACGUGGACGGGCCAACGCUUGCUUGCCUCCCUGCUGCUACUGGAGCGGAUGCUGCUGCUGCUCCAGGAGACGCAGCAGGAGCAGCAGGGCUCAAGACGGAGGGGAUGAUGAUGGGGAAGAAGCGAGGGCUCAAGGAAGGAGUAUCAAAGGAAGGCAUAUUGAAAGAAGGGAUGCUAACAAUGAGUGCGAUGGCAACAGCGAUAACAUCAACGGGCCUGGGGGGUAGAACCACCCGGUUCCUACUUCCUCCUGGGCCUCAGGGCUCACCUGAAGAAGACCUGUGUGGGUAUUCACCUGAGAAUUCACCUGGGAUUGGCGCGGACUCGGAUGGGAGAGCAGUGCGGUUGCGGGAGGCGGAUGGGACGGCUGUGAGUGUGAGUGCGAGUGCGAGUGAGCGAGGCAGCAGCUUUGCAGGUAGUGACAGCGCUGGUAUGGCCCAUGCUCCUGCUGCUGCUGCUGAUGAUGAUGAUGAUGAUGUUGAUGAUGUUCCUGCUGCUGCUACGGAUGGUGACUCUGCGCUUGCUCCUCGUCCUGCUCCUGCCAGUAGCCCAGGCGGCGGGGGUUUCGGUAUGGCUGCUCGUUCUGGCUCCUGCUCGUCAGUAUCCCUCAGCAGUGGGGGGGACUCGGCAGAGGGGAAACACGCCCUGGCUGCCCCGCUUGGCGCAGGGCGGAUGGAGGAGGGCAGGGGGGAGGGGGCGGAGGGGGAUGGGGUUGAGGUGGGGGAGGAGAGGGGGGAAGGAGGAGAGGAGAGGGGGGAGGAGAGGGAGGAGGAGGAGGGGAUGGAGCAAGCGGAGGAGGAUGAGGAGGGAUUGCAGGGUGAUGCUGGGCGGAAUGGUGGUGGUAGGGGUGCCGUGGGGGAGGGAGAACUGGGGAGAGGGGGAGGAGGGGUAAAUGGAAGGGAGGCUUUGCUGGGGGAGGGGAGGAGCAAGGGCGAGGCGAGGGUAGGGAAAGGCAAGAAGGAGCGGAAAGAGAGGGCGGAGAAGGGGCAGCAGCAGCAGCAGCAACAGCAACAGCAACAGCAGCAGCAGCAGCAGCAGGCGCAGAAGAAUGUGCGGCCACCCUCACCCAGAAUCACUCGCGCUGCUGCCAGGCAAAUGCAGCAAGAGCAGCAGCAGCAGGGGACAGUGGAAGAGAAGAGGGAGCAAGGACAGGGGCAGGGUCCCCUGCAGGGGCAGUGGUUGGGAGGGGAAGUGGGUGGGGAGAUACGAGGGGCGUGGGCAAUGCAGGGGGGAGAAGAAGAGAGAGGGGUGAAAGGACGAGAGGGGAGAGCACUUAAAGGGGAGGGGGACAGGAAGGGAAGUGGAGGUGAACCCAGUGGUAAGGGGAAGGGGAGGCGGAAGGAGAGAGUGAGGGAGAGGGUGAGGGCGAGGGGAGGGGGGGAUGCAGCAGAGGUAGAUGUAGGCGCAGGGAUGGGGGAAGGGGAUGAUACGGUUACAGGAGCCGGACUGGCAGGUGCUUUCCGGGCAGGUGUGGCUGCUGCUGUGACUCCUCUUCCUCCUCUUCUUGCCGCUGCUGUGAAGAGGCCGCGUUACGUGGUAACCAGGGAAGGGGGACACGUGGGACCAGAGGCCGCGAGAGAGAGAGGCAGGGCGGGGAAGGAAACAGCAUCAACAGCAUCGGCAUUAGAGGAUGAGUUCGUGGGGUUUAGUGUGCCGAGUAGUAUUAGGGGCCAUGUGGGAGGGGCAGCAGGGGAAGGGAUACGCGCGGGAGUGGGUCAGGAGCAGCGGGGAGUGGUGGGGGAGGGAAGGGGGGGGGAGGAGGGGCAAGAGGGCCUGGCGGAGGAAAUGUUACACAAGGGGAUGACUGAUGCAGGGGCGGCAGGGAGGGAGGUGAGGAGGAGACAGAGGGGAGUGGUGGUGAGGGGAGAGCAGGAGGGGGAGGUAGGUGCAUGGGUGGAGGGGCAUGCAGGUGGGGCUCGUAAGGGGAGGGUGAGUGAGGGAAUGGUGAGUGAGGGGAUGUAUGUUAAUGGCAGCAAUGGUGCUGUAGCGGUGAGAGGAGGGGGUGCGAGAAAGAUGAGCAUGGGAAGGCGAGCAGGGGAACAAGGUGUAAAAGGAGAUGUGGAGGGGGAGAGUGCGGAAAUCCCCAAGGGUGGAAGUGAGGGAGUGGUGUGGGGCGAGAGUGGGGAAGGGUACAUGGGUGCGAGUGUGGGUGUGGCAGAGAGAGGCGUUUUAGAAACACGGGAGGUGCACGGGAGGAGAGAGGGGAAGGGCAAGGGCAAGGGAAGCAGGCGGAGGAGUGAGAAUGGGAGGGCGAGCAGGGAGGGGCGGGAGGGACGGGAAGGGCGGGGUCUUAGCACAGGGGAGUUAGAGGUUGGGGGAGGGAGGGUGGGCGGGAGUGUUCUUGCCACGCCUCUAAGAUUGGGAAGUGAAGAGGAUAAGGCUGCGGUUACUGCUUCGGUGGUGGCGGGGGGAGUGGAAGAGGAGGUGAAAGGGGAAGUGGAAAGGGGUAGGGGAGGGAUAAGAGAGGGAGGAAGGGGAGAUGUUGGGGAGGCGUAUUUUGAGCGUCCUAAGAAGGUGCGUAUAAUACGAGGGGAGUUGAAUAGGGUGGUUGGGAGGGGAGGGGGCGAGAGUGAGGUUGGGGUUUCUGUGGCAAGGUGUGCAGAGGAGGGGGCUGUAGGAGGAACGGAGAGACGGGAGGAGGGAGAGUGGGGAGGCGGAGUAGAGGGGUUGGAGAGAGAAGAGCGAGGAGAGGGAGGAGAGAGAGGGGAGGGAGGAGAAGGAGAGGGCAUGGAUGGGGAAGGACUGGAGGGAAGGACGGAGCAAGGGACAAAGAGAGGGGAUGAGAAAAGUGCGGAGGGCAGGGGGAAGGGAAGGGAGAGGAGUAAGGACAGGGCAGAGAAGACUGAGAAGGGAGAGAGGGAGGAGAAGGCGGAAAGAGAGGCAUCAGAUUGGCGCGGAGCGGUAGCAGCCAGGGAGAAGCAGGCCUUGGCCGAGGCAGCAGCAGGGGGAGUAGCAGGAGCAGGAACAGGAACAGGAACAGCAGGAACAGCAGGAGCAGCAGCAGGAGGAGCAGGAGCGGGAAGAGGAGGGAGAGGGAGAGGCAGAGAUGGGCUGCCGUGUGGGUUGAGGGGUCUGAACAACCUGGGCAACACGCCCAGCCGUGGCUCCCCGGAUCCCCGCGGACUUGAUGCACGCGCCCCUGUCGGCCAGCAGCAGUCGUUUCACAGCGACUCACAUGGUGCCAAUGCCACGCACACCACCAGCAACAACACCAGCAGUGCUGCUGCUGCUGCUGCUGCUGCUGCUGCACCCUCGCACGCAGCACCCCGCCCGUCCCUCAACCCCAUGGCGCCUCACACAAUGCCCACGCCCCACAUGUCCCAUGCGGCCCUUACAGGUGAUACGGUUUGCAUUCCCCCCACUGCCCAGGGUUUGUGGCGUGUGGGCGAACAGGGGGCGGGAGGGGCGGAAAGGCGACUGGGAGGGGGGAAAUUGUGGGGAAAAGGAAUGGGGGGAGGGCCAAAGGGGGAGGAGGAGGAGAGAGGGGGAGGUGGAGAGAGUGGGUUUGAUGGUGGGAAUGGUGGAGAGGACGAGGAGAGGAAGGAUGAGGAGGAGGUGGGGAGGGAUGGGCAGGGGGAUGGGCUUCGUGCAAGGGUGGAGGAGGGAGGGGGGAUAGUGGGAGGGGAAGGAGAAAGAGUCGGGGGAGGAGAGGCAGGAGGAGGUGCGGUGGCAGCAGCAGAAGCACCGGCAGCAGCAACAGCAGCAGCAGCAGGGGGGGUAGCAGCAGCAGUAGGGCGAGUGCGAGUGGCACCGUAUGUGAAUCCGUGUUUGGAGUGCGAGUUGGAGGGUGUGUUUGCAGCCAUGUUCAGUGGCGAGAGGAGGCCCUUCAGCCCCGGCCAGUUCCUCUAUAGCUGGUGGCGAGUGACGGACAGCUUCGCGAGCUACCAGCAGCAGGACGCGCACGAGAGCAAAACAAAUCCCUUCCCCACCCCCUUCACUUUCCCCAUGGGCAGCUGGUGGCGUGUCACGGACAGCUUCGCGCGCUACCAGCAGCAGGACGCACAUGACUGGUGGCGUGUCACAGACAGCUUUGCAAGCUACCAGCAGCAGGACGCGCACGAGUUCUUCAUCGCAACCCUCAACGCCCUCCAUGCUGCCUCUGGCCUCGCCUCGCCCCGCCGCAAACCCGCCCCUCCUUCUGUUGCUGCUGGUGCUGCUGGUGCUUCUGCUGCGUGCCCGCCAUCAGUCACCGAAUGCCCCUGUAUCGUGCACGAGCCCACCAUCAGUCACCGAGUGCCCCUCCCACCAUCAGUCACCGAGUGCCCCUGUAUCGUGCACGAGCCCACCAUCAGUCACCGAGUGCCCCUCCCACCAUCAGUCACCGAGUGCCCCUCCCACCAUCAGUCACCGAGUGCCCCUGUAUCGUGCACGAGGUGUUUUCUCAUCUACCUCUCCCUCUUCUCCCUGCCUCCCCCUCCUCCCCCCCCUGUGCAGCCCACCAUCAGUCACCGAGUGCCCCUCCCACCAUCAGUCACCGAGUGCCCCUGUAUCGUGCACGAGCCCACCAUCAGUCACCUAGUGCCCCUCCCACCAUCAGUCACCGAGUGCCCCUGUAUCGUGCACGAGCCCGCCAUCAGUCACCGAAUGCCCCUCCCGCCAUCAGUCACCGAGUGCCCCUGUAUCGUGCACGAGGUGUUUUCCGGGCUGUUGCGAUCAGAUCCCUCACCUGCUCGCAGCCGAGUUGCACGAGGAGCAGCAGCAGCGGCAGCAGCAGCAGCAGCAGCGCCGGGAGCUGAUGCUGCUGCGGCGGCAGCAGCGGCUGGAACAGGGGCCGGCACCCCUGUCGGGUUCUUUGAUGCUGAUGCUGAUGCUGAUGCUGAUGGUGCUGCUGAUGGUGCUGCUGAUGGUGAUGCUGAUGGUGCUGCUGAUGGUGAUGCUGAUGGUGCUGCUGGUGAUGUCAGCGGUGGUGCUGCUGCUGCUGCUGCUGCAGUGGGAGAGGGAGGGCUGGGAGGCAGUGGCAGUGCGGAGGGGAGUGGCAACGGUGGCAGCAGAAGCAGCAGCAACAGCAGCAGCAGGGAGGGGGGAGGACUAGCCGAUCUGGAAGGGGAAGAGGCGGAGGAGGUGAGAAUCACAGGGGGUGACGGAGAGCAAGGGGAGGAAGGGGAGGAAGGAGAGGAAGGAGGGGAAGGAAGGGAAGGAGAGGAUGGAGAGGAAGGAGAUGCAAGAGAGGUGUUGUUGGGAGAGGUGGUGGGGGAUGGAGUGACCCUGGGGGACGAGAAGGAGAGAGAAGUGAGUGAAGCAGCAGUGGCUGAAGCAACUGCAGGGGUAGACGCUGAAGCAUUCGUAGCACCACAGCCUGAUGUGGGAGCAGCCAUGCGUGGGCAAGAAGGGGGUGGGAUGCACUGCUGUGCCCUCCUGCAUGACCCUGCUGCAGCUGAGGUUGCUGGGUUUGACGGCAGAGCAGCAGAGGCUGUGGGAGCAGAGGGUACAGCAGCAGCAGUGGGUGCGGCAAUGGAGGGAGUUUUGCCAGGAACAGCAGAACGGCGGGCAGAAGGGGAAGGAGCGGCUGCCGCGACUGCUGCUGCUGCUGCAUCAGCACCUGGGGCACGGAAAGCAUCAGCCACUGCUGCGCUACCACCAUUAGCACCUCCAGCAGCAGCAGCAGGAAGAGCAGCAACAGGAGCAGGAGCAGCGGGAGCAGCAGCAGCAGGGGGAGCAGCAAAGGAGGAGGGAGCAGUGGCGACGUUGAUAGCAUGUUUGGAUCGGUUCACACACCCGGAGACGCUUGGAGUCAAUGAGAAGUUCUUCUGUGAGGCGUGUCAGAUACGGCAGGAGUCAGUGAAGCAGAUGUCUCUCGCGCGCCUGCCCCUCGUGCUGUGCCUGCACAUCAAGCGCUUUGAGCACUCGCUCUCGCGCAACGCCUCGCGCAAGAUCACGCGCUUCCUGCACUUCCCCCUCGCGCUCGACAUGUCCCCCUACCUCUCCUCCAGCAUCACCCGCAACCGUAACCCUGGCCAGUCCCUCUGA